AUGAUCCCCCUACUCGUGCAGGCCUGGCUUUUGGCUUCCCAAGGCAGAGUCCGAGAGAAACCAUGUCCCCGAAGCUGCCGCUGCGAUGGCAAAAUAGUGUAUUGUGAGUCAAUUGCCUUCCGUGAUGUGCCAAAGAAUGUUUCUGUGGGAUGCCAGGGCCUCUCUCUGCGGUACAACAGCUUGGUGAACCUCAGGGCUGGUCAGUUUACCAGCCUCAGUCAGUUGGUCUGGCUGUACCUAGACCACAACUACAUCAAUGCAGUGGACAAACAAGCCUUUCAAGGUGUUCGAAGACUAAAGGAGUUGAUCCUCAGCUCCAACAAGAUCACACAUUUGGAAAACAGCACAUUCCAUUCGAUCCCCAACCUACGAAAUCUAGACCUCUCCUACAACAAACUUCAAGUCCUGCAGCUGAAUCAGUUCCAAGGCUUGCGCAAACUGUUGAGUCUCCACAUCAGAUCGAAUUCCCUCAAGACGGUUCCAAUGCGAGUGUUUCAGGAUUGCCGAAACCUAGAGUUUCUUGAUUUGGGCUACAAUCGACUGCGAAGUCUUACCCGUAACGCAUUUGCGGGACUUCUCAAACUGACUGAGUUACACUUAGAGCACAACCAGUUUUCAAAGAUCAAUUUUUCUCAUUUCCCAAGGCUGAACAACCUUCGUGCUUUGUAUCUGCAGUGGAAUCGGAUAAAGUCAAUAACCCAGGGAAUUACAUGGACCUGGACCUCUUUGCAAAAGCUGGAUCUUUCUGGAAAUGACCUGCAAGUGCUGGAUUCAAGCAUCUUCCAGUGUCUCCCUAACUUGCAGACUCUUAAUCUGGUCAAUAAGCUAAGCAACGUGUCUCAAGAUGCCAUAUCAGCUUGGAUCUCUCUUACUACCAUCAGUCUUGCGGGUAACAUUUGGGAAUGCAGCCCCAGCUUAUGUCCCCUUGUAGCUUGGCUGAGGAACUUCAAGGGGAACAAGGAGACCACCAUGAUUUGUGCUGGACCAAAGGAGGUUCAGGGUGAAAAAGUCAUUGAGGCUGUUGACACACAUGGAAUCUGUAAGAUGACCCCCACCCCUUACCAGCCAAUCUCCUCAACUGUAAUCCCAUCCAAACCUGGACAUUUCCCCCCACCCACCAUGUUCAGGGUGAAUGAGGAAAAUAGCACGCACAACCCUGUUGCGCCUUCCCCAACGGCUGAAUCCCCAUCUGUCCCUGAGCAGGAUUUCGAGCAUGUUUUCCACAAGAUAAUUGCCGGCAGCGUCGCCCUCUUCCUAGUCUCCGUGGCCAUGAUCUUGCUAGUGAUCUACGUUUCCUGGAAGCGUUAUCCCAGCAGCAUGAAGCAACUGCAGCAGCAUUCCAUGGUGAGAAAACGCGGAAAAAAAAAAACAAAAAAGGCACGGGAGACAGAGCGCACCCUCAGCUCUCGACUUCAGGAAUAUUAUGUGGACUACAAACCACAAAACUCUGAGACCAUGGACGUACUGGUCAAUGGGACAGGACCCUGUACCUACACCAUCUCCGGCUCCCGAGAAUGUGAGGUAUGA